CUCUUCUCCUGGCUCACUUUCGUCUAAUUUGGUGCUCGUGCUGAUUUUUGGCAGUGCAAUUGGCUUCACGGUGGUUUAAUCCUACAGAAACGGGAAUCGACCAUCGGAAAAGAAAUAACUGAUAGCAAAACAGAUAUGGCCUUUAGUUCCUUUCUUCAGACCGGUCUGGAGCCUUUCCGGGGUAUUCUUUACCUCAUGUUAUGCCUAGGCACGUGACCUAUAUACUCUGCUUACUUGCUUACUAGCCAAAACUCAAGUAUAAAUUGCCCACGUCCCGUAAGAAGACUGAUUCAUAAACCAAAAUGCAGCAAGUUAACAACACCCAAGAAACUACCUAUAAUCCUAUUCAAAGUGGAUUUCCCAGACUGUUUGCAGACAGAAAAGAGUUUUGGAAGAUUGCAAAAGCGCCAAUGCCAGGAUUUAUGGCCCCAAAGAAGGAUGACGAUGACGUUACCAACUCAGAAUUUGUUGAGAACGCUCUGAGUGAUGAUGAUGAUGACUUCUAUAACUACGAUAUCAAUAUGGAGCUUCUUUUAAGGGAAGGGAUGGAGAUUCUUUCAGAAGACGAUCUCGAGCAAGACCUACAGGAUGCAAAAAUGGCUGCUGGCGAUUUAAUUCCAAGAUACCAACCACUUCCCCAAGAGCAGAUUCGUGCUUUCGAGGUCUUCAGUGCAGCCUAUGUUAGGAACAAAAACUCUAAGACUCUGGAACCCGCCAAUGCACCCACCAAACCCCAAUUUCCAAAAGCGAAAACCAACACUAAUUUGGCCACCUAUUAUCACAAACAGCAUAUCUAUGGGCAAUAUAUGCUGAAGUUUAAGGAAUCAAGCAGUAGUUCUGGUUCCUCUUCCACGCCAUCCAUCGAUGAAAAGGUUGGUGGAGUGCAAGUCAAAUGUCCAAGUAUUACAAUCACCAGACCUGAGGAAGAGCCGAGUUCCAGCGAAAGCACCUCCAAUUAUUCAUACACAACCACCCCAUCAGGAGCGAAGAUCGUCUUGAAGCACAGAUAUGAUCCCCUGCUUGGUAAGGCUAUCGCAAGAGCAAUUCUCAGAAGAAGUGGCAGGGAUGUGAGCAAUUUGCACCCAUCAACCCUUCUACCAUAAUUGCACCCACGAUUGGACGAAGUGUAUUUUUUCUAUUUAUAUUUACUGUGCUUUAACAAUCCAAGCUAUACGUUGUAGGAAGAAUGUUCUAUCCGUUCAGAAUACCUACUGGGCAGUUGAAGCUCAAGUAAUAAUAGUCUCAAUAAAUGGGAGCCAGCAAAACUCGGAUGAAAGAAGUUUCAAAACAAUUGCUUCAUUGUGAGUUACAUCCAUGAUAUUGCAUUUUACAAACAGCUUUUAGAACAACCUUUACUUCAUUACUCUGAUGUUCCAAUACCUAAAGCAAUCAAAACUCUGAAACUAAAACUAAAGAUUUUGGCGUCAAUACUCUUCAAUAUUGGCAUCUCAAAAACCAACACAGAGGGAUUGGGUGGGGGAGUGGGAAGAGAUGGAUAGGGACCUUCCGAAAGUAUUGCAGUUCUGG